AAACUUUUAAUCAACGGCUAUAUUACUUCAUUAUAUUUUUCGUCGCAAACAUCAAAUUUUUUUAAAAAUUGAACUCUCGUCUUAAUCAAAUAAAAAUAGUUAAAACGAAUAUCCGCGAAAGAUCUUAAAAGAAUUUAUCUGAUAUCGCGUAGAAUUACUUUGGUUUAUUUUAAGCGCAUUUUAGUGGACGUAUAUAGUGAACGUCGUAAACGUCGGUGACAUCUAUAAAACAUGCACGAUUACCACGAAGAAUAUACGUGUGUGCGCGCUCUGCGCGUAUACUGCAUUGAGAAUGCGAUUCACUCGCAAAUUAUGUUUAAGUACUCACGGCGGAUCUUUUUAUCGAUUAUAAUUCCUGUUGUUCUCGCACGGAUACAAACCGCUUUAACAAGGCGGAUCGCCGUAUCCUCAUCAUACUUGAGAAUAAAAAUUAUUUGUUCGUUAGAGGAUUACAUUGGAAAGAAUUACACUGGAUGCAAUGCGCUCGUCUGAGUGAUCUAAAUAUAGCCGCAAAAAUUUCUGGCAUAGCCAGAAUGAUGAUAAACAGACGGAACAAAAUGAUGCAUAGCAGUUCUUGGCCCGAUCGAGCACCGCAAACAGUGAAGGUGCGCAUCGAUCCUUUAUCUCGUGCCUUCACUAUUAUUCCAACGAGUCGCGAAACGGUAUAUCUAUUGGAACAAACUGCGCCGCGAUCCGAUUGUCUGGAAGAAGUCAUCCUCCUAGAUCGAUGCGCCCCUAAAGGAAUCGCAUCUGUGAUGAUAAAACAAAGGUUAAUCGACGGGAGACCGUCUAUAAAUAAAAAAUCCACGAGUACCGCUGAAAAUUCAUCAGACGUAAAUAACGAGACGAAAAGCAGAACAAAUUCCAACCAUCCAUUUAUGCCGCGCAGUCUUUCGUCAAUCGAGACCACUGCAAUUCACCAAAACGCUGUCAUUGUGUUAGAAGAAGAUGUUUUCCGAGAUCAAUCGAAAUGUAAAUCAGAUUUUUUCGCGAAAAUUGAUGAAACAAAGAAGACAUUAACACAAGACAUUACAAAAACAUCUUUACUGAAAACAACGUCGGAUAUGACGGAUACGGAUGUUGCAAAGUUAUCUCCGAAAAAUUCACAUGCCCAAGAAGAACCCAUAAAUGCAGCCGCACGACUAACAAAUAAAUCUCCCUCAUUCGCGGAGACUAACGCCUUUGAUGUAAUAGUAAACGUUGCAGAUGAGAGAUUGCACGCAGCCAGCAUCGCGCAAAUAGAUAAUUCACAAACGCGAGAAACGGAUGGGGUGAGGAAGGAAUGUCAGAUUGCCAUUUCGCCCGCAUCCUCACCGAGGCACGCUACGUCAUCACCGCCGCACAUCAAGGUGGACGACUACGACAAUUAUGCGACAUCCGUUUCAUUCUCGUCGAAAGGGAAUCAUCACGCCUGUCUGAAGUGCACGUCCGAACGUCUCCUUCGCUCGCAAAUCGAUCCCUUCCAUUCCCCAUCGCGAUGCAAAAAGAACAACGAUCUGACGGCGGUGAAAGCGCACGGUUUUCGACGCUAUGAUUCGAUCAAACGCGAAAAAAGGGAAGCGCGCGACAACCGUCAAAACAAAGAUAUCUGGUACGCGGGAUGCUUAUUCGGAGAGACGAAAAAUGUGAACGGUAAAAAAUUGGAUCGGCAAAGCAAAGACGAUGGUUUAUUGCCGGCACGACCGCCUAUAGACUUUAAAAAGGAGGCUACUCUCGGACGACAUUAUUAUCCCGAGGGAGGUUGGGGAUACGUCAUUGUCACGUGUUCGGUGCUGGUGCAUUUUAUCGGGGUGGGUCUGCAACUUGCCGCGCCCGGAUGCUGGCAUAUCACCGCCGAGCGAAAGUUUCGACAUCCUCCGCUGCAUAGCGCAGGAUGGCUGGGGGCAAUGUCGACGGGUGUCGCCCUGCUGGUGUCGCCGGUGACGAUAGCGUUUUGCCGAAGAAAAAGUACAAGAGUCACGGCUGUUUUAGGCGGCCUCGUUACCGCGCUCGGCUGCCUCUUCACUUCCUUCGCCUCGCAGUUCCACCAAUUGUUCUUCAGCUACGGCACUGUGGUCGGGAUAGGAGUUGGAAUGACGCGAGACUGCAGCACGCUAAUGGUGGCACAGUAUUUCAAGAGGAAGAGAGAAUUGGUCGAAAUUUUCAUCGUGUCAGGAAGCGGCUUGGGUAUAGCGGUCAUGUCUGCUUUUAUAAAAGGAGCGAUUACUAAAAUCGGAUGGCGACUCGGUCUUCAAGCUGUCACGGGAGUGGUUUUUCUCACUUUCAUUCUUGGCACUUUUUACCGUAGCGCUUCGCUGUACCAUCCCCAACGGAGAGCAAUCUUACAUUUAAAGAAUCAAAAGCGCAAAAUAAAAGAUAAAAACAAGGCCGACGACAGGCCACCAUUUUUCGAUUUUAGCACUUUGAAGAGUAAAACCGUGAGGAUUCUCUUAGUGUCCACCGGAAUUUCGGCGUUUGGGAUCAACACACCGAUAUUUUAUCUGGCGCAUCAAGUCGAGGAGGAAGGUCUCGGGGAUACAGUUGUUUUGCUGCAAGCUUAUCUUGGACUCGCUUGGACUCUCGGCUGCGUAGCAUUCGGUCUUUUAGUUGUUCAUCGCAGCGUCGAAUGCAGGAUAGCCCGCCAAUAUCUCACACAAGCGGCCGUCUUCGUAUGCGGACUCUGCAUUCUCGCUCUCACCGCCGUUCAAGGAAAUUACCACGGAUAUGUUAUGUUUGCGUGGAUUUAUGGUAUCUUCUGCGGUGGCUAUCAUUAUAGCCUCAAGAUGUAUACGUACGAAAGAGUGAGGGCGCGGAAUUUCGCCAGAACAUGGGGUUUUGUCCAAUGCUCUCAAGCGAUACCAAUUGCGAUCGGAGUGCCAAUAUCGGGAUAUAUAAACAUGGGAUGCGGUGGUAAAGCUGGCUACUACUUUAGCUCAACGUGCGUCUUAGUUGGCAGUUUUACCCUCUUCUUCAUCGAUUUACAUAGAAGAAAUUUGUCCAAGCAUAAACACAGAGUUAAUGGUACAAAACACACAUGCGCCUCAGACAAUUGUCCUCAACGACGAAAACCGUCAUUCAGUCAGGAGCCCGAGAACGAAGGACCUCACGUGGCCGCUGCUGGAGCGGCCGGAGCGACAGCCGCAGCAGUCGUUCUAGGAGCUGACAUUGUUCCAGUACAAGGUGAGGCAGUAGACGUUUUAGGAGCGAACAAACCGGAGCUUACAUGCAUCUCGGAGGAAGGUAUCGCCGACAUGGAUUUACCUGAUAAUCUACUAGAGGAUUUCGACUAUAUAGGAGACUGUAUAACCUCGUGUAACAAGGUCGAAAACUAUCUCAUGCUCUCAGAAUUUGAGAAUAAUUUAAUCGCCGAGAUGCCGAUUAUUAUGGAUCGCCGUGGACGCAGAUGGUCCUUGGCGCGAUCCAAGACCGGUCAAUCUAAUUGUGGUCAAACUAGCGGCGUGCAAUCGACAGCUGACGAGGAGGAAGUUAAAUCGAAGUGGCGUUUCACGAAUGUACCGCCUAAUGCUAACACUAGAAUGAUUACUGUCAUCGACGAGGCCAGCGCAUAAUUCCGAGUACGAAUAAUGCAACAUUAUUGAUCUUAAACUUGACAAGAUUGAAAAAAUAAAUCUAAAAUAAUAAAUGUAAAAAAUAUGAUAGAAUUUACAAAUAGAAGAAAACGUGCAUAAUUUAUAGCGUAUUUUUAAAAUGUAAUCUUUUUGUAAAGUACUCAAUCUAAAACUGAAAUUAACACGA